UAGCUAAUAUUUGGAUUUUUUUUUUUUUUUAAAUCCCAGCCCUGAUCAUUAUGGUGUUUUUUUUCCCUAGGAGCAGAACAUACCUGGCUUGGAUCCUGGCUCCCUUCCAACCUGAGUCAUUAUGGACUGACCAUGACUGUCAGCUGCGUAGCUGACAUAAACAGGGAGAUUUUUCAGCAGAACAUGAACGCAGGAGAGAAAACCAUUUUCCAAGAGUUUCUGACAAACCAGGGCACUGUGGUAAAGCCCCGCUGGUGGCAGAGACAGUGCCAUGCCUGUGCCAAGUGUCCCUUCCACAUCCGCACGGGGGAAGAAGCCAGAGUGCCAUACACAGAAUUUCACGGGCUCUUUGGCUCCCCACACGGGCCCACAGCGACUCCCCAAAACAGGCACCUUCUCUUCUACGAACUGAGGAGCUUCUCAGGCAGAGUCCUGCAGAAAGGCCACGCCACAACCUGCACUGCCCGAGCCAAGCACCCCGAGGCUGUGCUGUUCGAGGCGGGCGGGUACCUGGACGCAGCCACGGCCGCCUGUGAAAGCAUCAGGUGCAUCACCCUCUACUCGAGCCUCUCUCCCUGCGACGAGGCUCAGCACUGCUGCUUAAGGAAAAUGUACAACUUCCUGCUGAGACACCCACACAUCACGCUCUGCAUCUAUUUCUCCCAGCUCUGUCACGCCGGGAGCGGUUCUCCCCGUGCCGUGGGGAAUGCCGGGGCUCUGCGGAGCCUCCGCAGCCUCUGGCCCCGGGUGACCCUGCAGAGGCUGCCAGAGGGGGCACAGCAGUACCUGCUUCGCCACUUCGUGUGUGGCAUCACAGGGGCGACCCCUCCUCACCGAGUGCUGCCAUCAGGAGCCUCAGCAGGUCGACAAAACCCACAUCAAAUUAACUUAACAGGAGUGAAACCGUAUUUUAGGGAAGCCUUUGCCCAGGGAAUGGAGGGGAACCUGGCUGUACAGCGGAAUUUAAAGGCCUUUCCCACUCCCAGCCCGGCCUCCAGACAGCCUUUCCCAGCCAUGAAAGGCACUCUGCUCCCUCCAAUGUCUCCAAGCCGUGUGCUUUUCCCAAGUGUGUUUCUGCCCUCUCAGAGGAAACAGCUAUACCUCAGACCCAUAAAUAUUGUAAGGCAUUUAAAAAUGCCAAAGGAAUGACUCAGUGGAACUCCUCAUUCUGACAUGUUUUCCCGUGGCACGCACCUCUUCCGAGGAUGA